UCUACAAGACUACAUCCUGUGCAGGAGAUUUUGCUGUUCCCAUCGAUCGCACUCACGACCUAGUGUGUUGGCGAUACAGGAGAGCCUGCUAGUGGUUGUGUGUUUUUCUUCUCCAGUAUCCGGGAAACUGUUCCUGCAGUGGAUAGCUGGUCGAGAAGCAACCGCAAUACAGCGCCAGAGUGGACGGUGUGUAUUUGGUAGCACUGAGUUAGUACUGAGGGGACGGCCAAAAUGAGACAAAUAAUUGUUUGGUCUCUAGUGUUGGUGGUGUCGUGUUUGGCAGCCGCGUGGGCACAAAUGACCCAGCCGCCGUUCCCCACCUUACCAUCAUCGUUCUCCACCGAAGUGGAAGCCAACAUUCUGAAUCGUGACUACACCGUUCAGGUAAGGGAGUUCUUUGACGGCAGGGACGACCGAGCGCAGUUGGAAGUUACGCGCAAUGGCAGCAGAACGGUGGUCAUCGACGACAUCCGGAAUGGCAUUCAGUACACAGUCGAUGAUUCGCGCCGUACGUGCCAAGCCAGGAACUACACCCUUAGAGAUCGACUGGAGACACUCGGACCCGACGGACAGCCACAUCUGAUUAGCGUGAAUGAUUUCUUUCGAUUCGGCAAAGCCUAUCACGAGAAGUACGUGGGCCAGGCGACAGUCCGAGGAAUCGUUUGCGACCAGUACACGGGCAAUUACACGAACACAACGAACGGCAUGUAUGUGAGCUACGUGAUGCAAUGGUACUUUGCACGACAGAGCAACUGGACAAUGCCGGCUGGUCCCGGCGAUGGAACAGCUAUUCCGGUACGACUCGACCUUGUUGGAGUAUCCAACAUCACGCGCACUCAGGGGCCACCGACUACACCUCUGCCGUCACAGCCGCUUCACAACUUCCACCACGUGUACGAGUUCACAAAGUUCUUGCCGAAUCCGGAUUUCUUCAAUACCCCUGGAAAUUUCAAUCCACCAGAAGGCAUUCUCUGCACCGGUGUUCCGCAAAUCUACGACGUUCCUAAGCUGCCGGACCAGUUCUACUUUCAAACAAUUGCCUUUGACACCACACAAGAGGCAGGCUAUAUGUCGGGGUACGCGUACGAUGCCGUGCGCGGCGAGACCGCCGUAGUCUACGAUCUGGAAUACACCGGCAACGGCACCAACCUGACUGGGACCGGGUACGAGGGACGACAUCGCAUCGUGCACAACUUCCGUCAGGGCACGCAGUACAACAUAACGACAAGUGCUUGCUCGAUGGAGACGCUGGUGAGUGUGGCAAAUACGCCCGGAGCGACCGAUAUCUCCUUGCUCAACGGACACGCGUCACUGAAUUCCGGCAGCCAGCUCUUCCGAUUUUCACCCGAGUCGAACAUCACCUUCCAAGGCCAGCGAAAAUCCAUCUUUGGCAACCCGGUUCAACUGUGGUCCACCGUUCGCAAUGAUGUCCAGUUGGUGCGCUCACUUCCAGCCAACCAGACCUCUCUGUGGGAAUACCUUUUCACCGUGCCCCAAUGGAAGAUCAACACGUACGAUGGACUGCUAACGAACACGAGGUCGCCUAUUGAGAUACGUGCCUUCAGCCUGGAGCCAGGGCGCCAUCGUCCCCUUUUCGUUGGUAUAUCCGGCUACACUGUUGGACCCCCUCCGGUGGAGGUAUUUGAAACGUCAAGCUGCUUCGAAUCAGACCAGCUGUCCACGAUCACGUUUGCUCUGGAUGCGCAGUACCGUAGCACACGUGCAGUGCGCAAUGCUGUAGCGAACGCCGUCUCCUCCACGCUGGGAGUCUCGACGGACCGCUUUCACAUGACGCUAUUUCCUGGCAGAGAUAACCUGCUCAAUGUGAUUGUCAGCAUCCAAGACUUGCCCAGCGUCGGUGAUUCGUCAUUACUGGCAACUCUGCCCACACUGCAAACGGCAAGGCAGAAGCUGCGCGAUGCCAUCAAGGAUGGUAAGUUCAGCCUUCCUCUGCCCAGCGCCGGCACAGUAAAAGCCAAGAGCACGUCCUACAAGUCCUCGUACGAAUCAUCGUCCUCGUCCACAUCCUAUUCGCCGGCUGAGAUGGCCGGAGUCGGUGUCGGCGUUCUUGUGCUUGGCUUCAUUUGCGGAGUGAUCCUCGUGCAUGUCGUGGUGCGCGCUAAAGGCGAUAGCGUGCCUUACGGCAAGGAAUAGAACGCCUAGAGGUGCAAGACGCACAGGCCUCCAUCGCCUAGAACUGCCCGGCGGUCUCCAUCUGACUACUGUAGUUCAUCCCUGUUGCACUCCCGUUGCAUGGCACAGGCAGUCUGCCACACAACUCCACGGCACCUUGCUUGACAGUACGGGUGUUGCCACUGCUGCCGCUUCAAUGCCAGCAAAAGGGCUCAUGCAUGCAUGCAUUUGCAUGCGUGUUUUUUGUACAGUGUCCAAUUUUUGCUGAGCAGCUGCUCCGAAUGCUAAAAGUCGCUUUGGAAGUUCUUCAAGGUAUUCACGUGUUGGAUGAGGCAUUCUCCUGCAGAAUUUGAAGAAUUGAAUUUUAGUCUAUUUCUUUUUAAUUCUUGAAUUUUUAUUUUAUUUUUAGCAUGCUACAUCAUGCGGCAGUAUCUUGCCUCAUGCCGCAAUUUCAGCAUGGCAUUCGUGCAACGGUCUCGUAUAUUUUACUGUCAUCACA